AGUAUAUCAUGUUUAUUAACUUUUAAGUAUAAAAUAUAAUUCUUUCCUCUUUGUAGUAUUAUAUAUUUAAUUUUGUACCAUUUUGUUGGAGGAUCCUCAUACUCUUUUGUCAGAUAUUUUAAUAUCUUAUUUCUAAAAUCGCAAUUAAGACUAGGAUUCUCUUAUGAAAAUUAUAAUAUAAUAGUGUAAAUAUAUAAAUAUGCCUGGGAAGAAUACUCGUAUGCAACACUGGUUGCAAUAUAACGUCAGAGUUACUCUGAAGGAUAACAGGAAGUUUGUUGGAACACUUGUCGCUUACGAUAAGUAUAUGAAUCUAGUUUUAUCAGAUUGUGAAGAGUUUCGCAUGACUUUAGGGAAGGAUAAAAACAGAACCGAAGUCAAGCGUACUCUGGGCUUUGUUUUACUUAGGGGUGAGAAUAUCGUUUCGUUUACUGCUAAAUCUCCAGUUAAUGUACCUCAGUUGGGAUACCCUAUGGGACCUGGAAAGGCUACUCCCGCCGGCCGUGGAGCACCUCUUAUGGUUCCAGGAAUGAUGCAGCCUGGUAUGCCGCAAAUGCCUGCCGGAGGUGUUGCACUUCAAGCUCCUAUGCGAGGCCUUGUUGGCAGUGCCCCAGCUCAACUUCAACCUCAAAAUGUUCCUGCGACAAUGCCUCCGAUGCCCAACUAAUCUCUUUAUUUAAUAAUUUGAAUGUUUUUU